AAUUACUUGCCGCCCAAUAUCCUCGAAAAAAUGUUCCAGUCAGCAAGGUGCAAUCCGAGGAAUGCACUGUUUGGACUUUUGGUUUUUGCCGUCGCGUGUUUCGUUUGUUGGCAACUCAUUGGAUCAUCGCGUCAGGUUAAUUCCAGCGAAACCUUUGGUUUAAUUCACUCACAAACUUCUGAGACUGCGACGAAGCUAAAACAAAUCAGCGUACGGUUUUCAUCGUGUAACCAAACGAUCAGAGCGAGGAGUGUGUCGAACGAUGCGUUCCAGUGGUGCGGUGCCGAUUCGUCCGCACGUGGAACGCACCAGAAAGUGAUCACGUUGACGUUGUUCGGUGCAGUGAAUGGUUCCGUUUCGAGCCGUUACGACUCGCUGCUGACAAACAUUUCGACAACGUCAAAGGAAAUGUAUCCAGGCUGGAUCGUGCGGAUAUACCACAAUUUCCGUAAUGAAUCCGAAUCGGAACUAUCGAUACUCAACCAGUUAUCCAACUUAACUUGUCAAUUUGAUCACGUUGAUUUGUGCAGCGUACCAGAGUUGAUUGCAAGAAUUCCGGCACUGACACCCAUCGAUCCGGCUCUUCUUCGAGGACUGAACCCCAGGAUGUUGCGCUUUUUAGUUAUGCUCGAUCCGAAUGUGGACGUUUUCAUUUCGCGAGACACCGACAGUGUCAUUUGGCAGAGGGAAGUGGAUGCCGUCAACCAAUGGCUUUCAUCCAACUACACCUUCCAUUUGAUGAGGGAUCACAGAAAGCACAAUCAUCUGAUCCUGGCCGGAAUGUGGGGAGCCAAACUGCACCAGCGUCGGGAUCUCAUUGAAGGAUUGACCAGAGCCCUAAUAGUAGCUGGCCAAGGUGGUGACAAGUAUACAGACCAAAAUUCGUUGAACAACAUUCUGUGGCCAACUGCCCAGUUUGACGUGAUGGCACACGACAGUUAUCAAUGCCAGAACAAUCAGAUGCUGACCAAAUCUCCGCUCAAAGUCUAUCCGUUCCCCACGAUGCGCAACGGGAGUUAUUAUGUCGGUGGGAUCGGCCAGCAACUCACCCCAGACAAAUGUCCGGUCGCUUGUCGCCCACCCAAUCAUAAAGAUUGGGAAUUUUGCUAAUGCCGUACUAUUUAAAUUAACAUACAUUUCUUAUGUGUGUGAAUUUCAUUAUUGUAUUUUGCGUGAAGGCCGGCAUCUCUCAGACAUCAAACUGACAUAGUAUGACCAAAUAUGUUAUUGUAGUACCAAUCAUCUGGAAGAAUGAGGACUUGAUUCUAUUGUUCAUAUAAUUUGCAAUUAAAGUAAUACCGUCGGAAUGAGAGACAAUUCUAAAUCGCCAUACUCCAUCGCCGUAAUGCGAGGCAACGCAAUCAAAACUUCGGUUGCCAACAUGUUAACCUUUCCCGCAUAAAAAAAAAUAUUAGCAUUUUUAGUUAGAAAA